CGUCUCCUGAUCCCGUUUCUAGCUCCUGCUCCUCGCUCGAUUGUAGCUCCUUUUUCGUGGCCAUGGCGGUGGAUCUGACCCCGAGGCAGCCUACCAAGUCGUAUGGCGGCGACGGCGGCGCCUACUACGAGUGGAGCCCGGCGGACCUGCCAAUGCUCGGCGUAGCCUCCAUCGGAGCAGCCAAACUGUCCCUCGCCGCCGGCGGCAUGUCCCUCCCCAGCUACUCUGACUCUGCAAAGGUGGCCUACGUCCUCCAAGGCAAGGGAACCUGCGGCAUCGUCCUGCCCGAGGCCACCAAGGAGAAGGUGGUUGCCGUCAAGGAAGGCGACGCUCUGGCGCUCCCCUUCGGCGUGGUCACCUGGUGGCACAACACCCAGGAGUCUACCACGGAGCUCGUGGUCCUCUUCCUGGGCGACACCUCCAAGGGCCACAGGCCAGGCCAGUUCACCAACUUCCAGCUCACGGGCGCCAGCGGCAUCUUCACCGGCUUCUCCACGGAGUUCGUUGGCCGCGCCUGGGACCUCAAGCAGGAUGACGCCGCCAAGCUCGUCUCCAGCCAGCCGGCCUCCGGCAUCGUCAAGCUUUCCGCUGGGCAGAAGCUCCCGGAGCCGGUGGCUGAGGACCGUAAGGACAUGGCGCUCAACUGCCUCGAGGCCAAGCUCGAUGUGGACAUCCCCAAGGGCGGCCGCGUGGUGGUGCUCAACACGGCCAACCUGCCGCUGGUGAAGGAGGUCGGACUCGGCGCCGAUCUCGUCAGGAUCGACGCCCACUCCAUGUGCUCCCCUGGCUUCUCGUGCGACUCGGCGUACCAGGUGACGUACAUCGUGCGAGGCAGCGGGCGCGUGCAGGUUGUCGGACCAGACGGCAAGCGCGUCCUGGAGACCCGCAUCGAGGGCGGAAGCCUCUUCAUCGUGCCCCGUUUCCAUGUCGUGUCCAAGAUCGCCGAUGCCUCCGGCAUGGAGUGGUUCUCCAUCAUCACCACCCCCAACCCUAUCUUCUCCCACCUGGCAGGGAAGACAUCGGUGUGGAAGGCGAUCUCGCCGGAGGUGCUGGAGGCUUCGUUCAACACGACGCCGGAGAUGGAGAAGCUCUUCCGGUCCAAGAGGCUUGACUCCGAGAUCUUCUUCGCCCCCAACUAGGGACAUUCAUCUUUCAUUGGCCGGUUGCCUUAGGCAGAACUAAAUAAAUUUAGUUAGGAGAGUGAAUCUCUUUUGAGUGUCUGAGUCUGUCAGUUGAGCUGGUGGUGAAUUUAAUCGGUCACCUCUGCAAAUCUGUCUUAGCAAAACAGAAAGUUACUGUCACGUCUACGUUGGUUAAAUUGAGUGUGAGUGUUUGUUGCCGGCCGAGGUGGUCAUGAACUGAUGAAUGAAAUCGAUUGUGAAAUUUGGGGGAA